AGUUCAAACAAACUUCCGGGAUCCGGUGUGAAUGAGAUGAACGUGACAGGUGUAAAUAGCGACUGAAAUCACAUAAAACCAUCGCAAAUUGAUGAACGAGUGAUAUAGGAAAGAUUCAAGACAUAUUUCAAGAUCAGCCGAGAACUUCUUUGAAGGAACAAUGGACUCAUCAGAAGCUGCCAGAGGGAAGGAGAGUGUUCAGAAAAGAUCUCCUCUAGAUCUGAUUAUGAACCAGCUGCGAAGAAAAACUUCUUUCACAGAGAGAAAGAAAACAUCUGUAGGACGACUCUUCCGACCAUCCGAGAGCAGCGACAGGAAAAAUGGAGGAAUACCUGAGAUAAAGGAAUCAGACCUCAGUGAAGGAAAAGAAAAUAAGGAGCCCGAGAGAGAGAGCAGCAUCACGGCUGAGGAGAGUGGCUCAGUUGUGGGCUGGGGUCGGGUCAAGCAGUUCAUGCAGAAGCUCGGCAAAACUCCUCACAGUCACAGCCUGAGCCUGAGCCACUGUGAUCUGACAGCCACAGAUUUAGUGGAACUGGCCACCCUGCUGCCGUUCAUGUCUGAGCUGGAGCUGAUGGAGCUGUCCUGGAAUGAUCUGCUCGGAGGCUCUCUGAAGGCUCUCACUGCACACCUGCAGCAUGUGGAGAAGCUCAGAAUGCUGAAGCUCUGCAGCUGUAGAUUAGCACCGCAGGACCUGACUGCUCUCGGCGAGGCUCUCGACUGCAUUCCUCUAAUAGAGGUGCUAGAUCUGUCCUGGAAUGUUGGCAUCGGCGCAGGAAAUUUCAGACACUUCACAGAACAAAUCCAACCUGAAAACAGACUGAAAGACCUCCGCCUGGUGGACUGCCAGCUCUCGGAGACAGACAUUACAGCUCUGAGUAAAGCUCUUCCACUGUUGUCUGGUUUGGAAGAAUUAGAUUUGUCUAAUAACAAGCUGUCAAUAAAGGGAAUGGAGAACCUCACCUCCUCCUUCAGCGCAACUCCAAGGCUGAAGACCUUAAAGCUGAGCAUGUGUGGACUCGGUAAAGACCAUCUCAGUGCCCUGGGCCAGGCGUUCAGGUUCAUCACUGCACUAGAGCACAUGGAUCUAUCGUGUAAUAAGGAAGCAGGUGGAGGUCUCAGUACACUGGCUGCUAAUCUACUUCUCCUCACACACUUGAGAAGUUUGGACAUGCAUCUGUGCUGUCUAACAAAGGACGAUGUGCUGACUUUAGUCCAGGUAGCUCCAUCUCUUAAAGAGCUCAGAGAGCUGGAUUUAUCAUCCAACAAAAGUGUUGGAGACACACUCCAGAAUCUUCUGCAAAGCCUUCCUCUUUCUCAAAUGACCAAGCUUCCACUGAACAACUGUGACUUGAGUGAUUCUGCAUGCCAGGCUCUUGCUACCGUCAUGCAGACGCUGAAACGGCUUGAAAGUUUGAAUUUGUCUUGGAACAAAUGUGUUGGGGAAAAUCUGAGGGAGUUUCUGGAGCCCCUGCAGGCUGAUUGCAAACUACAGGAACUCAGACUGAGCAGCUGUAAUCUAACCACAGAAGAUGUGCUACAUCUAGAAUCUGCCUGCCAGCGUGGAGCUCUUUCCCAGCUGAAGCUGCUGGAUUUGUCCUACAAUGGCAGUGUGGGAGAUGGUGGUUGGACGUCUCUUUUUGGUAAAGCUGCUAGUCUGAAAGGCCUGGAGGAGCUGGAUGUCAGCCUGCGUCCUUCCGCAUCCCUCUCCGUCUCCCCCUGGCUGCCCGCCUUGUUGGAGGCUCUUCCACAGCUCACGUCCCUCAGCCGUCUGUCUCUGCAGCACUGGACUCUGAGCUCAGCUGAGAGAGACAAGCUGGAAAAAAUUCUCAGCAAGAAAAGCGCCAUCCUGGAAUGUGACAGACUGAACACACCAACCCCAAAGGCAGCAGGUUAAUGAGAAGCAUUAGGCAAUUAUAGUUUUCCAAGUUACUGAAGUUGCAAAUCAAGAUGUUACUGAGAAUGAGGUAUUGAUUAAAAGGCAUUCUGAUUUUUAUAUCACAAAUUAACA